AUGCCGAGCAGCAUCAUUACACAUCAAAAGGACGCCUCGGCUCAAAAAGAUGUAAACUUCUUCGUCUUCUGCUGCUUCUGCCCACAGCCGCUGCUGCCAAUGCUCCUUCUUCAUCUUCCUCUUCAUCGUCAUCGGCAGCAGCUUGUUGGGGCCCGAUUCAAGCGAGGAGACGCAAAAAAGCGCAGAACAGAGCGCGCGCGCGUUGGUGCCGUUGGUCGGCUGCGGGGCCCCGACACACCGGCAAAAGAGCACGGGCGGCGAGGAGGCGCCGACAAAAAAACGCGCUCGCAUUGGUUGUGGGUGGACACGGAUUUCCGAGCCAUUGUGAAGAUGGACACGAUCGGAAAUAUCGAAGAACUGGCUAAGAAGGGGCAACAAACACGAGUAAAUGAAUAA